AUGCUGAGCGACCGUGGAAUGGCUCAUCGUCUGGCGGUGAAACUAGUGGCCACAUGGCUCCGUCCAGUGACCCGGCGGCGCCAUUAUAGGUAUCCACUACAAGAACGACAGCCAGACCCUGCAAACAUCGACGAGCCCACGGGUGGAAAACGCCAUCAUGCUGCAGGAGCGACCACACUGGUCCCCACACUCACGAGAACGAGACUACCAAACCAGCCUCCCACAUAA